CCACUUUAUCCUUUGUGUGUUUGUUUGUGCGUGCAGUGUCAGUGAUUUCUUUCUAGUAAAAGCCCUCAGUUCCUUUGUGGUUACAUAAGUUUUUACACCCUGUCGGUCCGUGUCUUCACCUCAGAUUGUGGACGUGAGUCUGGUGCUGGAGAACAUUAACUUAUCGAAGCGGAAAGAACUGCAGUGGCCAGACGAAACCAUGAGACUGAGAGCAGGAAGGACCUGCUGGAGAGACUGGAGCCCUUUAGAGGGCAUGGAAGGGCAUGUGAUUCACCGGUGGGUGCCUUGUAGCCGAGACCCAGCAAAUCGCUCCCAUAUAGACAAAACCAUCCUGCUGGUACAGGUGGAAGAUAAGCUAGUGCCCAUUAUUGAGACUGGGGUCAUUGAGUUGGGUGCAGAGGAGGCUGGAGACAAACAGGAAAUGGGAGCUCUCCCCCCUCCCCCGUUCCUUACUGCUGAGGGGGAAAGGAAGCCAGGGAAAUGUGCAAGCACAGGCAGAGUAUACAUUUAUCCAAUGCUUUCAUCGACACUCACAUCCACAAUAUCUGCCUUGCUUUGCGUCUCAGAAAUGCUGCAUGACAGUAAACAACCCUUAAGUUAGUUCUUGCUACUGGUAAUUAAUUUCUAUGCAUUUCCUUUUCUUUUUUUCUUUUGGAAAUCCUGACAGAGCUGAGUGUAAGGAGCUCGUGGAGCUCUUUCUUCUUUCUUGUUUGUCCCCUAUUUGCCAAAUAAGUUUAUUGAAUAUCUGCUAUGGAUUCAUACAUGUGAAAUCCUUAUGUUUUUUAUUUUUUGUUUUUUGCUGCCAAGACUACAAAGAAAGUUGUGGUGCAGAACUGACAGAAGUCAGAGACUCGAUGUUGUCCUCAACACCCUCUGUUUCAUUGUUGUCAUUCCGUUUGGAUUAGUUUGAAAUUUGCAAGAUUAAUUUACGCCUAAGAAAAAAAACUUGCACUAUAUAUAUUUUUUAAUUUACAGUGAUGGACUACAAUCUUUAGAUAAAUUCACAUUUUAUUUAUUACAGAUUCUGAAUGGCCAUGGUUACAGAUGCCUUGGGAAUGGAAAGAAAAAUGCAAUCAUUAUUCUGUUUUUGGCCAUUUUUAUUUUAAUAUUUUAUGUUUGAUAAACUUGAAAAUAACUUUUUACUG